GCCGCGGGCGGGCGGGCGGCAGUGCCGGGCUUCCCGGCGUGGCGGCUCUGAUGGCGGCCGCGCUGCCGCCGGUCUACGUGUACAGCCCGGAGUACGUGGCCCUCUGCGACUCCCUCUGCAAAGUGCCCAAGCGGGCCAGUAUGGUACAUUCGUUGAUAGAAGCGUAUUCCUUACUUGACCAGGUGAAGAUAGUCAAGCCAAAAGUGGCCUCCAUGGAGGAGAUGGCAAGCUUCCACACAGACGCCUACCUGCAGCACCUGCAGAAGGUCAGUGAGGAGGGGGAUGACGACCAUCCGGAGUCCGUGGAGUAUGGACUGGGUUACGACUGUCCAGCUACUGAAGGGAUCUUUGAGUAUGCGGCAGCUGUGGGAGGAGCCACCAUCACUGCAGCCCAGUGCUUGUUGGACGGCAAGUGCAAGGUAGCAAUUAACUGGCCUGGAGGGUGGCAUCAUGCAAAGAAAGAUGAAGCUUCUGGCUUCUGUUACCUGAACGAUGCUGUCUUGGGGAUCCUGCGUCUGCGCCAGAAAUUUGACCGAGUCCUUUAUAUCGAUUUGGAUUUGCAUCACGGGGAUGGUAAGGCCCAGCACAGGCUGCAGACAGCGCAGACAGAGGGAGUUGAAGAUGCCUUUAGUUUCACCUCGAAAGUCAUGACUGUUUCUCUGCACAAGUUUUCACCGGGAUUUUUCCCAGGCACCGGUGAUGUGACAGAUGUUGGCCUGGGGAAAGGUCGCUAUUACAGUGUGAAUGUGCCUAUUCAAGACGGCAUUCAGGAUGAGAAAUAUUACCAGAUCUGUGAAACCGUGCUGAAGGAGGUGUACGCCGCGUUCAACCCAGACGCGGUUGUGCUGCAGCUGGGGGCAGACACCAUUGCCGGAGAUCCCAUGUGCUCUUUCAACAUGACGCCCGAGGGAGUGGGCAAGUGCCUGAAAUACGUCCUGCAGUGGCAGCUAGCAACUCUCAUCCUGGGAGGAGGAGGCUACAACCUUGCCAACACAGCUCGCUGCUGGACAUACUUGACUGGGGUCAUCCUUGGAAGAACGCUGUCCUCCGAGAUCCCUGAUCACGAGUUCUUCACAGAGUACGGUCCUGAUUACGUGCUGGAGAUCACACCGAGCUGCAGACCAGACCGCAAUGAGCCACAGAGAAUUCAAGAAAUUCUUAACUCUAUCAAAGGGAAUCUGAAGCAUGUUGUUUAGCGGAGAAGGAAGACUCAGGUUUCUGCAAGAGCAUUUCCCGCGUGGAAGACACUGUGUUUAUGUGAGCAGCUGGUGAAAUUUGUGGCUGCGGGGAAAAUUUGGAAGAAAUUACUGUUGGUUGGUUGAUUUUUUUCUCUUUAAAAGAAGGAAAGCUGCUGCGCGCCACGAGCACUGUGGCUCUCCCCAGGCAAGAACGUGGGCCCUCCAGCCACAGCGUUCCAGUGCUGGCAGACCCUCCCUUGCUCCUUUCUCUUUCCUUUUUUAACACCACAGAGUUUAUUCUCACAACUGGUUUUGAAUGUUUUUUAAGAGAGGUACCGCUCGGAGCUGUGAACUCUCCCCAGCUGGAGCCCAGUGCCGCAUCGCCUUCCUGGCAGGAGCAUGGCCUCUGAGCUGCCCACUCGGGGAGUGGUGCCCAGGGCCAGCCAGGGCCCGGGUCGUGCCUCUUACCUACAGAAAGGCACGGCCAUUGUGGUUUUAACUGGGAUUUUUUUUUAAAUAAAGUAUUUGAAAUACUC